GAAUUUAUCAUAGAAAAAAAAAAUACUCAAAAACAUGCUUCUGCUUGUCAUUGCUUAAAAGUUUACUAAGUCUAUCUACAGAAUGUUGUGUGAGGAAAACUUUGUUCUUCUUUCAGGAAAGUGGAAUAAGUGAGAAAACGCUGUUGUCAAAUGGUGUAAAUGUACGUGGAAUAAAGUCUCACUUUUGACACAAAUUUAACAAUGGCAGCAAAAAAAGCACACACUAUUAGUGACCGAGAACGGACUGACGACAUACAUGUAGAGGAAAAUGUGGAUUUUGCAGGUAUGUACUUAUCUGACCAUGUCCUAGAGGGACUGAAGAAAUCUGGAUUUAUCAGGCCGAGUCCCAUUCAACUUGCUGCCAUUCCACUUGGUCGCUGUGGGCUUGACCUUGUGGUUCAGGCCAAGAGUGGAACAGGUAAGACAUGUGUGUUUACUGUUGUUGCUCUAGAGAUGCUCAGUGUUGCAGCCUCAACAACUCAAGUAUUGGUCAUAGCACCAACAAGGGAGAUAGCAGUGCAGAUCACUCAAGUAAUCAAUUCCAUAGGCAGUGGAACACCAGGGUUGAGGGCCUAUGCCUUUAUAGGUGGAAUUCCUCUCUGUGGCACACCAGGACGUUUAGCACAGCUGGUUGAACUUGGUCUCCUAAAGCUUGAUAAUGUUCGCUUGUUUGUUCUUGAUGAAGCUGCAGUUGUGACUGGUCAGUUCACAAAAGGAGUAAUCAGUCUAGCUUCAGCACUUCCUUUGAAUAAACAAAUAUUAGCAUUAAGCGCUACAUACACAGAUGAAGUUGCAAAAGUUGCAGAAGAACUGAUGCGUUCACCAAAUCAUGUUCGCCUUGAUCGAGAUUGUCCUGCUCUUCUUGGAGUGAAUCAGUUUGCUAGGCUGCUUCCCUUCCAUCAUCAGCCACACAGAAUACAGCAAACCAAAAUGUCUGAGCUGUUGUCAGUAUUAUCAACAGUAACUUUCAACCAGUGCCUUGUCUUUACUAAUUCCCAGUUACGUGCUGAAUCAAUUUGUAAUGAAUUACGAGCAACUGGAUGGCCAGUAUCAUACCUGACAGGUGGACAAGCACAAAGAGAUCGCUUACAGGCACUUGAUGCACUCUGCUCCUACAAGUGUCGCAUCCUUAUAUCCACAGACCUCUCUGCCAGAGGUUUAGAUUCAGAACACGUCAAUCUAGUGAUAAAUCUAGAUAUGCCACGGGACCAGGCUACUUACUUGCAUCGUGUUGGACGAGCAGGACGCUCGGUUCUCGAGGAGGUGCCAUCACACUGGCUACUGAAGGGGAUGAUUGGACAGCUAUGA